CGGCCGCGCGCUCGCCAAUGCGGGCCCGGAGCCCGGCCCGAGCCGCCCCCGGAGCCGCCCGCAGCCCCCCGGCCCGAACCCCCGCCCCGGACCCAUGCGGCGGCUCCGGGAGCGGUUCCGGAGGUUCAUGAACCACCCAGCUCCAGCCAACAGCCGCUACAAACCCACUUGCUAUGAACAUGCUGCUAACUGUUACACACAUGCAUUCCUGAUCGUCCCUGCCAUCGUGGGCAGCGCCCUCCUCCACCGGCUCUCCGACGACCGCUGGGAGAAGAUCACAGCAUGGAUGUACGGGGUGGGGCUCUGCGCCCUCUUCAUCGUCUCCACCGUGUUCCACAUCGUCUCCUGGAAGAAGAGUCACCUAAGGACAAUGGAGCAUUGCUUUCACAUGUGUGACAGAAUGAUGAUCUAUGUCUUCAUUGCAGCAUCCUACGCACCAUGGUUAAAUCUCCGUGAGCUGGGACCUCUGGCAUCUCACAUGAGAUGGUUUAUCUGGCUGAUGGCUGCUGGAGGAACCCUUUAUGUAUUUCUCUACCAUGAAAAGUAUAAGAUCGUUGAACUCUUUUUCUAUUUAGCGAUGGGAUUUUCUCCUGCUCUGGUAGUGACAUCCAUGAGCAACACCGAGGGGCUGCAGGAAGUGGCCUGGGGAGGUUUGAUCUAUUGCCUGGGCGUGGUGUUCUUCAAGAGUGAUGGAGUGAUCCCCUUUGCCCACGCCAUCUGGCACCUCUUCGUGGCCACAGCGGCUGCUGUCCAUUACUACGCCAUUUGGAAGUACCUUUACAGAAGUCCUGCAGACAUCAUUCGUCACUUAUGAGAUCAUACAAAACAAUAAUCUGCACUUGACCUCUGUAACAGUAUUAUUUGACUUAAAGAAUAGGGGGAAUUGGAAAAAUUGCACAGCAAAACUGCACUGACUUUGGUAGUUCUGUGAACACAAUUACUGUGAACUGAUGUUUGUGUCCUGCCAUUUCCCAUCACAUGGCAAGUGCUGUAAAUAACCAAGAUACUGUACUGCAGUAACCAAGAGUCCAUUCCAUGUUAGCAGAACUGGCUACCUGAUGUUUACAAACAAAUUUUUUAUGCUAGUUUAAUUUUACAGUUUUUAACUACGUGAAUUUUUCUAAAUUAGUGAUUCAAAUGGUGAAGUCAGUGCAAUAGUGAAAAUGUAAUGCUCUUGACAUGAAAUUGGUUUCUAUCACCUUUCCACGAGUCAUUUCUUAAACAUUAAUCAGAGACAACUAAUCUACUUUUACCACCCAUUAUCUUGGUAUAAUGUGACUUUUAUAGAAAUUUUUCUGUGUUUUUUGUAAACUUUAAAAGUACAUUUAUUGAACUGAAGACACACAAUUGUCAUCUAUGCAGUUAUUCAUGUUGCAAACUCUUGCAAGAAAUGGUUACAUUCCACACCCUGUUCUGAGGAGCAAACAUUGUACCUCUUCUGAAGUUUGUGUUGCAGCUGUAAUUGUAAUAACCACUUUUACAAACUAAAACCUAAAUGUGAUUCUGCUGAGUUCUAACAUGGCAGCAUUCUGCUCAUUUACAGUACCACUGAACCAGACCUUAAGUUGGCUUUAUUUGUGAUGAAGAGCUGUAAAAGGAAUAGCUGAGGUGAUUUUCUCCUCCAAGUUCCCAGCUGUACCCAUACUGCCCAGCGUGGGGGCUCGUGUGGAAUGUCCCCCAUCCAAGCCAGGGAUUUCCCCAUUUCCCAACUCAUUUCCCCAGCCCCUGCACACACACGUGGCACUGAGACUUGGGUUUCCAAAGGGGCUUAAACUGACUGGAUCCCCCAGCUUUUGGUGGGGUGGCUGUGCUGGGAAGCCCAGGUGGGAGCAAGAGGCAGAGCAUUGCUGAGCACCUGGAGCUCAGGGCUCUUCACAAGCACAGCCUGGCAGGGAGCAGAGCUUGGAGGGUGUGCUAGGGUGUCACUUGUCAUCCUGGGGCUUCACACAGAGUCUGACUGCUCUUUGUUACUGUCUGUCUGUACAGGAAAUCCAGCUGUGGUAGCAAGUCAUGAUUGUAGGAUGUGCUCAAAUGACCAAUGUAGAAGAGUCAUUGUAAUCCUGUUUCUCCAAUAAUUGUAUCCUGUCCCACUAUGUAAUGAAUGUCUUAUAUUAAGAUUGACUUUAUCCUUUUUCUAAUUUACUCAGUUUUACAUGUCAGUAUUUAAAAACAAAACCAAAAUGUGUUGCCUUUUUCAGAUUUUGUUCUGGAUAUUGCCUGUCUGCAAACAAUAAAUAGCAAGAUAGGGAUGUUUCAAAGGUCCUGUUUCACUCAGAUUUGCCAGAGGGCUGCAAGUUUUAGAAUAUUUACAUUUGUAUAGGGAAUUUACCCGAGGGUCAAACUUUAAAUUCAAGACAUUGAAGAAUUGCUCUGUGGUGGUAGCAGGUGAGCAGAGAAGUGGCAGCACCACAGCAAACUCAAACUGCCCCA